AUGAAUGCAUUGUCGACACUCAUCUUUAACGAGCGUUUUUGGCUGCCAGCAAAUACGACUUGGAAAGAUUUUGCUCGAUUCGAACAAGAGGAACACAUCAAGUUAGCGAAUCCAAACGAUCUUCUUUAUGUAUAUCCAUUAGCUGGCGUAAUUUAUGUGAUACGAGUGCUUUUCGAACGGUAUGUUGCUAAACCGAUCGGUCGAUCACUUGGUAUUCAUGAUAGAGUUACAAGAAAAACAACGAGAGCUAUGAAAACAACAACAACAACAGUAUCAAAUCGUUGUACAUCAACAGAUGUAAAUCAAACAUAUAAACAAGAACAAAUUGCCAGCAGUAAUAAUGGCUCAUCACUAUCAAUAGGUCACAAUUCAUCUGUUACUCCACUGGCUAAAUUUUGUGAAUCUUGUUGGCGUUUUACCUUCUACCUAUGUUCAUUCAUUUACGGUGUUGUCACACUUCAACAUGUGAGCGUAUAGAUGUAUGCAUGUGUAUUUAUUCCUUGUAUUUUCAGAAGCCUUGGAUAUGGGACACGCGUCAUUGUUGGUUGAAUUAUCCUAAUCAACCUCUAACGGCAGACAUCUUUUGGUACUAUAUGAUCGUACUUGCUUUCUACUGGUCAGUGUUAUUUUCUCCAUUUAUGGAUUUUAAACGAAAGGUAUAAGUACAAAAAAAAAAUUUGUAUUGAAAAAUGUAUUUUUGUGAUUUUGUUUUAUUGGUAGGACUUUAGACAAAUGUUUCUUCAUCACAUCGCUACUAUAAUGCUGCUCUCAUUUUCGUAUAUGACCAAUUUUGUGCGUAUUGGCUCACUAGUACUUGUCAUACAUGAUUGUACCGACUAUUGGCUAGAGGUUUAAAUUUUGUCAAACAAAAUCUUUCUUUUUCUUCUCCCUCUAAUUAACCGAGUUUCUUUUUUAUUAGGGUGCAAAAAUGGCCCGCUAUGCACGAGCGAAAUGGGUUGCGGAUGCUUUGUUUGUGAUAUUUGCCAUCAUUUGGUUUGCCGCUCGUAUCUGCUAUUAUCCGUACAAGUAAAUAAAUUAGAUUAUUCAUUCAUUCAUUCAAUAAUUCAUACUCUCAUCUAGAAUACUCUACACGAUAACAUUCGAAGGAGUAUCUAUUAUUGGAUCCUUUCCUGCCUAUUAUGUAUUCAAUGGACUACUAUUGCUUCUUUAUGUUCUUCACUGUUUCUGGUUUUAUCUCAUUUGUAAAGCAGCUAUUGCUGCUUUGAAGACCGGCGAGGUACCAUGAUCAAACUUCUU